UUGUCAUCUUUUCGAUCAAAAGCAGGAAAAUUUUUCUUACACGUAGAUUUUCAUCCUUCUUGGAUGUGUUUUUGUCGAUUGCUGCCUGGUGAAAUUCGCGAAAAUACCGUGAAAACGCCCUAAAUUCUAGUGCUGACUGUGUUUGGUUUUAGCUUCUCCGUCCUCAGAAUGCGGUUCGCUUGAAAACAUACGAAUCCACUUGGGCACUUCGACGGCAGCGCAAAAAAUGUUCAAGAAACUCAAGGAGAAAAUCACCGAGGAGGUGAAGCAAUCGCCCCAACGAUUUGAGCAACUGUCCAAGGGUCUGCAGGCUGCUGUGAGCUCAGCUUCUUCAACAACAUCGGAAGUUUCCGGAAGUGAGAAUUUCUUCAGCAUUACUGAAGAUGACACACCGCAAAACUCGCCAUUGCGUAAAUCUCAAACACUAAGCAGCACCAGUACUCCAGUUGGGCAAAACCAGAUCAACAACAAUACAGCAAGCAACAACAGCAGCAGCACGUCGACAGGAUCUACUACUGCCAACGCUAGUAGUGGCAACACUAGUUUCAGCAGUGGCUCAUUUUUUGCCAACCUUACCGGGGGCAAUGCCGCAAACAGCUCCAGUAGUAACAACAAUGGAGUAUCGCCAACCGUUAAUCGAACUCGCCGGUUAUCCAACUCGUCCAUGCAAAGCGACGUGUCCUUCCGAUUGCCAGCCUAUGACUCACCUGCUGUCUACCACCUAGAAACUGACAUUGACGUGUCAGCAAGCGAAACCGAAUCGGUUUCCGGUGCGACUGCUACCAACGGUCAACUAGAUCUGGUCAGCAAAGAGAAACUCUUCCAAGCAUAUAAAAAAGCACUGGAUCGAUACCAAAAGUAUCGCGAGCGAUACACUGAGUUGGCUCGUCGCUACCGGGAUCUAGAGAAGGAUAACAGCAAGGCACGGUCGGUGCUAGUCGAGACCCAGGACAAAGCACUACGAAGAAUCAGUGAGCUUCGGGAGCAGUGCUCGUUGGAACAACAAGCAAAGUCUCAUCUCGACUCAGCACUACGAAUGGAAAUCGACGAGCUACAGUGUGUGGUAAAGACUCUAAAAACUAAGCUCGAAGCCGUUGGUGAUGGUGCGGUUGGGACAGAGAAAGCUGAUAAUGAUUUAAUAUCGUUGUCCAUUGACGAAGGAGCUUUGGAUGAAAAGUUGAAAUCUUUAGAAGCUAGAUUAAAUGAAGAGAUCAAAUUAAAGGAAGCGUUGGGUCAGGAAGUAACAUUACUGAAAAUGCGAGAGGAAGAGCAUGCGAUUUCGGUAGCGGAAAACAAGAUGGCAAUACAUUCCGAACUGGAGAGUAAGGAAGGUGAGGUGAGAAAACUGAAGGAACAACUCCAGAGUAUCGAAAAGAAUAUGAAGCAAGUAUUGGUGGACAAAGAUGCGCUAGGAAGGGAAGUGGCAGACUUGAAGAACAAACUGGUAACAGCUGAGAAGAAGGCCAAGGAUUUUGAAAGCACGGUUACUACUAGCAAUGAGCAGAAGAGCAAAUUGGAGUCGAAAUUUGUAGAGUUUGAGAGGAAAAUUCUGGAACUAGAAAAGGAUAAAAAUCAACUUAAAACAGUUACCAUUAACUUGGAACAGGAUAAGAUUGAGCUUACUCGCAAAUUAGCAGAUUCUAAUGCAAAAAUCGAUAAAGCCCUAUCUGAGAAGGAAGGAUUAUCAGCGAAGAUCCAGCAAUUAGAAGAAAUUACCAAAACGUUAAGUUCUUCUGAUGAGAUUGAAAGUCUUAAAGAACGUAUCAAUGAGUUCUCCAUCGAAAAGGAUCAAUUGCAGAAAGAAGUAGAAGCUGGUAAAAAUCGAAAUACAGAACAUGAACUUAAUUUGCAAAAGCUUCAACAAGUUAUAUCUGACAAAGAAAACACGGUUCAAGAGCUGCAAAGCCAAAUCAAACAUCACGAAGCCGCUCAUAACGAUGAAGUAACUAAAUUGGAAGCUAUACAAAAUGACCUGCAGGAUAAAAGCAAAAAACUUGUCGAACAAGAAGAUGAAAUCGUUAGACUGAAGAAAACCAUCUCGCUCGAUAGCGAGCGCCUAAUUGAGGUCACGAAAGCUUUGGACGCUGCGAAGGAAGUUCACGAAAAGGAUCGUGCCAGCAAUGAAGCUAGUUUGAAAGAGGUAUUCGAUCAAAAUAAUCAUCUGACUUCGGAACUGAAGCAGUUUAAGGAGAAGUUAGAGAAAGUCAAUUCAAAGUUCAAGAAAAUUACGGAAGAGAAAGGAAGCCUUAAAUCGCAAAACGACAAACUUCAAUCGGACAUCAAGAACUGUAAACAGGAAAUUAACGGUUUGUUACAACAGAAAGCGUCCCUUGCGGAAGAAGUUAGGAAUAUGAAAAUAAUUAGCGAAAAUUCCGAAUCCGAAGCAUUGGAAACGCUGCAAGAAUCGAUGAGAGUAGGUCUAGCUCAAGCUGAAGAACGUUUGCUGGAAACAACGCGUGAUUUGAAUCAAGUGAUCGAGCUCAAGUCGGAAGAAAAUAGGAAACUGAGUGAGGAGCGGGACGAGAUAGUAGAAAGGUUGGAUGUUGUACAAAAGGAAAAAGAAGAUUUGACGACAGAGGCAGCAACUCUUAAAGCCAAAGUAGAACUGUUACGAAACGAGAAAAAGGAUUUGGAAAAGACUCUUGAGCGAGAGAUUCGUGAAAAGACGGAGCUCAAGACGCAAGUCACAAACAUUCUGCAGGAAAUAGGUCGUCUAGAGGAGCAGCUCAAGGAUGUUAAAAAUUCCCAUUCUGCCAUUUUGAACGAAAAGCAAACACUUGAAGAGAAGAUCGAGCGAUUGCAGCGCCAGCAUUCGGAAUCAAAGAGUAAAGCAGACAAAGAAAAUACGCAUAAAUGGCAGACAAAGGUGAAAGAAAGCGAAGUAAAACUUCAGCAAGUUGAAUGUGAAAAUUCUCAAUUGGCGGAUAAGAAUUGUCUUUUGGAAGAAAAUAAUAGAAGAACUUCCGAGGAGAUCAAGAAGCUUCAGAACGCUUUGCAGGAAGCCGAGGCAGCAGUAAAACAUGAGAAGAAAAAGUCGAAAGAGGCGCUUGCGAAUGUCGAAGAUUUGAAGAAAAGAUGCCAGGAAUUGGAAGAGAAGGUCAAAACGGCAACCGAACAGCUCAAUCAAUGCACAGGGGAUCAUGCCAAGCUGUUCAACGAGAAGGAAUUACUAGACCAUCAAUAUCGAUCACUCCAAGAUCAGCUUGAGGCUAAGGAGAAAGAAAAACUUUGUGUAUUAGAUAGCAAUAAUUGUCUGACUGAGCAGUUGGCUGAACUCAAGACGUCUACAAGCUUACUCGAGGAAGAGAAACGGAAGUUAUCGGAAGAAUGCGAUGUACUGAAGGCAGAUAUUGAUAAGAUUCGGGCAGAAAACGAGUAUUUAAAAGGAAAACAAAAUGAGUUGAAGUUAAAACUUGAACAAGAAAAACAGACUAUUAUGGAACAAAAUGAAGCGCUACAUAAAGAAAUUGACUCGAUGAAAAACAGUAACCAAAAUCGGCUGUCGGAACUGGAAGGCCUUAUCAAGAAGGCAAACGAAGAGAAACAGUCCUUUAGUAAGAAUGCAACCGAUCUGGAGAAAAAGCUAGAGUCAUACGAGGAAAUCAAAAUUGAAAAUGAAUAUCUUAACACACUCAUCAAACAGUUGGAAGGUGAACUACACACAUUAAAAGAAGAAAAAUCCAAGUUCCUGUCCACGAUGGGGGUCAAAGAAACUGAAAUCACUAGCCUUAAAGCCAAAAUAAGUCAAAUAGAGACUGUUGUAGAGGAAAAGGAUCAAGAGAUUAAAAAACUGAUCAACGAAUUUGUUGGCAAAGAGCACGAGUUGAAAGCCAAAAUCUUAACGCUGAAACAUGGAAAAUCGGAAGCCGAGAAAAAAGUGGCUGAGCUGUCAACAGCUGUCGAAGCCGAGAAGGCGAAAAUAAUCGAACUCACGACCCAGAGUGCUGACGAGAAAAAGAGUUUGGAUGCUAAACUAGUUGAUGCGUCGAGAAUCCAGGCCGAGCUAACCAACAAACUUGAACAAACCAAGACUGAACUUGAAAGCGUCAGAUGCAAGGAGCAGACGAUACAAAGCGACCUUGAGCAGGAGAACAAAACUAUGCGGGUACAAUUGCAAGAAGUCGAGGAGGAAAUCAGUCGCCUAAAGAAGGAAGUACAAAGUACGAACGAGUUGAAGCUGGAGAAUGAGAACUUUGCACGGGACUUGGAUGAAUUGAAAAAUGAGUUGAAUGUUGCCAUGGCGGAAAAGCUGGAACUGGUGGAGCAGCAUUCCAAGUUGAAGGAUAAAUUUGACACAUUCAGUGCCGAAACAGAGCAAAACGUUCAACGGUUCCAUACGGAAAUCGAACAGUUGCGUCAAAACCCGAGCAGUGCCGCUGAGGAUCAGCAGGAGGAACGGAGUAAAGCAUUAGAAGAGAUGCGUAGCCGGAAGGAAGAGCUCGAGAACAAGCUGAAGAAGAUCAUGCACGAAGUGCAGGACGUGUCCAACAGGAAUCUGUUCCUGGAGCAAAAAUGUGAAAACUACCUAAUUCUGGAGCAGUCCAACGAACGGUUAAAGCUGCAGAACGAGAAGCUGUCGCGGCAAUUGGAUGAGACAUUGGUUUCAAUGCAUCAUAAUGAGGGAAUCGCUGCUAAUACCGAAUUUGAGUAUUUAAGGAAUAUUCUCUUCCAGUAUCUAAGUGGCAAUGUGAACGGCAACAAUUCCACCUUGGUGAAGGUGAUAGCAGCUGUUCUGAAAUUCACACCUCAACAGACGCAGGUUGUACUGGAAAAGGAAGCGCAUCGUCGGUCAUUGAUGGGUCAAAUCAAUAAUCUUCUAUAGCAGGAAAAAGUCACCGCUGCCCAACAGCAGCUGCUGCAUCCCUCCCGCGGUAAACACUACCGAUACUACUAGUUGCGGUAUGCGUGACAACGAAAGGUUUGUGUAAAUAUAAUCUCUAUGUGUAAAUCUGUACUGUUUCCUGGAUGCCCUCUUUCUCCUCAAGUUCCAAUAAUAAGUUUUCGGAACGAGAUUAUCUGAAAUUCAGAUGAGCCGCCUCGUCUCCACGUCAAUCAGUUGUCGAAAUCGCAACCGAUUGAUCAAGUAUGCUUUUUCUGUUCGGAUGGAGAACGAAACACCAGAGUUGGGGAUAAAAUGGAACGCCAGGCAGCAAUUAUUUGAAUAUGGAAACAAAAGAUUAGUUAUGUGUUCAAAUCUGAUUAGACAAAAACCUAGCGAAACGAGAAUUUUAUCUCCAUUUUUUUGGACGGUUACCAAAAUCGAAUGAAUUAAGUUAGACCGAUUAUAAAAUUGUAGCAAAAUAGAAAAAAAAGACCCAACAAGGGAUGGAAAUAACAUGCAGGGUAUUCUUAAGGCCUGCUUCAUAAAGUCAUAGUAAAUAGCUAAAACAACACUUCAAAAUAUUAUGAUGUCGGCAACUUUUAUAGGAACGAAUGUCAGAAUCAUAUGUGCAACAAGCUUAAUGAUGCAAGGUACGAAAAACCAGUUUAAACCAAUUCUCGUCUACUAACUUUAGAACAAACUACCUAAGAAACACAUUUUAUGCAUCUUAGACUAGGGAGAAAAGGUAACUCAAGCCACACUCACAUCGCAUGGUUCUCAACGUGAUGUCUCCAAUUUCUAGCAAACUGCUGCAAUACAAAAUCAUACCUACCUACCUUUUGCGUUUCGUGGUUGUAUUUAUAUAGAAGGGAACAUAACCCGAGAAGCAAUUUAUUUUUGUUGUGCAUUUUUCGCUAAUCUUCCACCAAACUGUAGUAGUACCUACCUACCUACCCUGUGACUGGAUAGAUAAGGUGUGUGAUUAUAUAUUUUACUGUUAUCUAAUGCUUUUAAGGUGUAUAGUUUUUAAUAUAACUGCUGAGAUGCAAUACUUAUGUUUAGGUUUAAUACAGAAACAGUUCUUGAGCGAAUAUUUUCUUUCGAUUGACUAUUAUCUGUGGUUGGUAAUGACUCUGGAGUUACAUUUUGAGUUUGUAGCUUUUCUAAGCUCAGAGCAUUGCUCUAACCUCAAACGCUAUGAUAAUAAUAUGUAUACGUACUAUUCUACUAAUCAUGGUUUGGCUAUCGAAGGGUUGAUUCGGUUAUGGUGCAACAUCCAUGAAUAUGAAAACAGCUAUGCUUCACAGAUUGAUUUACUCGAACCGCAAAACUGGUAGAUGCAGGAAAUCAACCUGGUUUUGAAACAAUGUAAAAAAACAAUAUUCGUUUCUGUCGCAGUAGAGAAACGUAAAUUUUGAAACGAAAUUGAGAUCUGCGUCAUGGUACAAAGUACCAGUACUACAUGUGGCAUAGUGAAAUACAACGUGACGAAUUCAUUCAACAUACAGGAAUUUCAGAUUUGAAUAUACCCCGUGCUUAUUCACCCUUUGUGCUGUAUUUUUUUAAAGUAAAUUGACUGAUUUCAUAGUUGAAUUACUUUGUUGUUUAUUUGACCCGUUUAUUUGUAUUUUCAUUUUUUUUACCAUAUUCAAUUAUUAGAAGAGUCAUUCAAAAUUUCAUUUUAAAGAAAUUAUUAUUUUGCGACUUUCACUUCAAGAGAAUUGAUAUUUGUUCCGGUCUGAAUAACUACUUCGUACCGUUCGGAUGUAUAAUAAAAUACUUUGAAUUUUCAUUAAAACUUUGUUUAUUCUUAAUCUAAAAUCUUCCUACCUACAAAUGAUAUGUCCGUUGUAGAGUUUGUCUGUUCGGGGGUGUUGUGCUAAAACUGAUAUUCUACUCUACGAGAUACAGCCAACAAAAUAUUGUAAAGUACUAACCGUCGCCAGUUUCGCCGUCAUAAUUCUCUCAAAACCGCGAUUCUAAAAGUCUACUUCUCCGCGUUUUUUCAUUAGUUUUGAAUUAAAACAUCCUAAUAUACACUUAUACAAACUGAUAGGUUUUAAGUAUCGUUUAAGUAUCAAGAGACAAAUGCAGCAGAUAAACAUUUCAAUUGCAAAUUGAACAGAAUGUUAUCAAUUUUAAAACGACAUUAAAAACAUAAAAAUUCUAAAACUAUCAUUGAAAAGAAUUACAUGCCACUUAUCAAUA